GAUCCCAUCCUGCGGAGAAAUGUGGCUGAACCCGGAGGAAGUAGCGCUGAAGAAUGCGCUGAAGCUGUGGGUCACCGAGCGGAGCAACGACUUCUUCCUGCUGCAGAGGAGGAGAGGCCGCGGGGAGCCCGCUGGGAAGAUCAGCGGCCUCCUGGUGGGGGCGCUAGACACGGUGCUGGACUCCAAUGCCAGGGUGACGCCCUUCCGAAUCCUCCUCCAGAUUCCAGGCUCGCAGAUUAGUUGGAUCAUCGCUAGCGGGGCCGCCAUGGAGGAAGUGAACAAGCACUGGGAUUGGCUGGCACACAACCUGCUGCACUCACUGUCCGUCUUUGAGAACAAGGAGGACGUGGCCAGCUUUGUCCGAGGAAAAGUCAAGGGCCUGAUCGCGGAGGAGUCCCGCGGUCGCCAGGCUGCCCAGGAGGACGACCCGGAGAAGUUCCGCGAGGCUCUGCUCAAAUUCGAGCGCCACUUUGGUUUGCCGUCGUCCGAGAAGCUGGUCACCUUCUACUCGUGCUGCACGUGGAAGGGGCGGGUGCCGCGCCAGGGCCUCCUCUACCUCAGCAUCAACCACUUGGCCUUCUACUCAUUCCUGCUGGGGAAGGAAGUCAAAUUUGUGGUUCCCUGGGCGGAGGUGAUUCGGCUGGAGCGGGUCUCCGGCGGAUUCAUGACCGAGGCCAUCCGGGUCAGCACCAGGCAGCGGCAGCGGGACUUCUCCAUGUUCCUCAACCUGGAUGAGGCUUUCGGGGUGGUGGGGCAGCUGGCCGACAUUGCCCUGCGCCGGCUGCUGGACAGCGAAGGUCUGGAGCUCGACAGAGUGCUGCAGCAGCCGGCUCGCAUCACCAAAAGGGUUCUUGAGGAGCAGGCGUUACGAGAGUACGUUUUGGCCCUGUUCCGCCUCCCUCGCGGUGAGAGGCUCCACGAGGUGGCGUCGUGCGCCGUAUGGACGCCGCACGCCCGCUGCCACACUGCCGGCACGCUCUACACCACCGACAACUACUUGGGCUUCUCAAGCCGAGAGGAGGGACAAUGCAUCCUCCUCAUACCCCUCUCCGAGGUGGUGUCUGUGGAGAAGGCGGAGAGCACGUGCGCGCUUCCCAACCCGGUGAUCGUGAGCGUGCGCUCCAAGAAGGCCUUCCAGCUCAUCGAGCUGCAGGAGCGCGACGACCUGGUGGAGAGUCUGGACUGCCGGCUGCGCUCGCUGCAUCUCAAGCAGUCGGCCUUCCGAGGCAGCCGGCGCACCAACAGGACCGCGAGCUGCCCCAAUCCGUACUACACCUUCUACUACGACACGGCGUGCUCGGAUGAAGAAGAGAUGGAGGAGCACGUGCUUCGGAACACCGUCAAUAGCGAAGCGCUCAUGACAGCCUUUCAUCACAACGCCCCAGGAAGUCACAACAAGAAUAUGGAAGCAGAGAAAGAGAAGAUGUGGGAGGAUCACUUCGCCGAAUUUGGCCGUGGCGUCCACAUGUUUCGCACUGACAAGGUCCAGCGUUUGAUUGCUGCGGGGAUACCCGAGUCACUACGGGGCGAGCUGUGGAUGACGUUUUCUGACGCGUUGUCUGAUCUGGACUCGCACCCUGGCUACUAUGCCGGCCUGGUGCAGACAUCGAUGGGUCAGAGCAGCCUGACCACCGACGAGAUCGAGCGGGACCUCCACCGCUCCUUACCGGACCAUCCUGCUUUCCAGAACCCCACCGGCAUUGCCGCGCUCCGCCGCGUACUCACCGCCUACGCCCACCGCAACCCCAAGAUUGGAUACUGUCAGUCAAUGAACAUACUGGCAUCCGUGCUGCUGCUGUACGCCAAAGAAGAAGCCGCGUUCUGGCUGCUGGUGGCCGUCUGUGAGCGGAUGCUUCCUGACUACUUCAACAGGCGGGUGAUCGGCGCCCAGGUGGACCAGUCGGUGUUCGAGCAGCUGAUCGCCGAGCGGCUCCCCGAUCUGGCCGAUCAUUUUCCGGAUCUUUCCACCUUGUCGUCUGUGUCUCUCUCAUGGUUUCUCACCAUCUUCGUCAGCGUGCUGCCCUUCCACAGCGCCGUGUGCGUGGUGGAUUGGUUCUUCUUCCACGGCAUCAAAGCCAUCUUCCAGCUGGCUCUGGCGGUGCUGGAGGCCAACGCUGCCAGCCUCUGCGCCCGCAUGGACGAUGGACAGGCACUUAUGGUUCUCGCUAGUUUUCUGGAACACGUUGGAAGUGAGCAGUUUCCUCCUGGCGAGUUCUCUCAGCCCUCUGCAAAUGGUAGCAGCAGCAACAACACGGCGGAUCAUGCUGCCGCGGGCCAAGCUAACAUAACGCAACUCAUCAUCGAUGCCUAUGAAAGGUUCGGUGACUUGACGGUAAGAAAGAUCGAGAGGCUUCGCUGUCGACACAGAAUCCAAGUCCUGCAGGCACACGAGGACACAACCAAAGAAAACGCGUUAAGAGUGGUGACGCCAGAUGUGUCCAUCUCUGCGGAAAACCUCGCCGACAUUUAUGACCUCUUCAAGACGGAACAUUUUAUCAGUUUGUACUGGGGCGACAUCAGCGCGGUGGCCGCAGCGGAGGCGGCGUCGUGGAGACGCGGCGUCUCCUACUUGGAGCGCCAGUACCGACUGGAUCUGCCGCAGUUCAAGAGCCUGUACGGGCUGCUGGCCCCGUGGCCGGCGGGCGGCUGCCAGCGGCACAGCGACACCCUGGCGCACCGCACCUUCACCCUGUUGGACUCGGACAGACACAAUCUGCUCUCCUUCAGGGACUUUGCCCUCUGGCUCGACACUUUGUACUGCGGCGAGCUGAGCGACAAGGUCAAGCUCCUCUACCGUCUGCACUUACCUCCCGCUCUGACGGUCAGCGCCGAGCGCUCAUCUUCUUCGUUGUCGUCCGAGAUCAAGAUUCCUUCUGGGUCGUUGGGCAGACCCCUCUGCGUGGACGUGGCCUGUGAAAGGGCUCAUGGGAAAGAAGAGGUGAAGGACUACCAAGAGCAACUGAAGCAAAUGCUGCGGGAUUUGGUCGUGGGCAAGGACAAGGAUGCCCACCAGCCGCUCCCCCUCAUGAAACAGCGCGAGUUCAUCCAGUUUUCUAAGACACUGUGCGGCCUGUUCCACGGCGACCCCGAGGAGAACGAGCUCUUCCAGGCCAUCGCCAAGGUCACCAGCCUCGUCCUGCAGAUCGGCGAGGCCACCACCAGGUCGGCGGGACCGCCGGACCAGGGCGCGGCGGGACCGUCUGACAGCGAGUGGACAAUCAGCUUGGCCCAGAUUCUGGCAUCUGUGCUGACCGAGCAGACGCUGGUCAACUUCCUGGAAAAAGCGAGCGAUCUGACGAGCCGCAUCGCCGCUGCCAAGGAGAAGCAGUACCAGCAGAGGGCGCCGCUGCUCGCCCUGCAGCAUGCCCAUAGCUAGGGUCACCCUUCCUAUUGUCUGUCCUAGUUGACUAUGAGCCACUAACCGGACACGCCUUCCAAUUUCACUGUGAGUCAAUUCCAAUGUUUUUGUACACAAAUAUUUUCUAACUUUAGUGUUUCAUGUACUGGCCUGCAUGCACCUUCUCAGUUUUUUUUUUUAAUUUAGAGCCAAAAUGUGCAAAAAAAAGAAAAAAAAAACUAUCAUGAAACCAAAACACUG